AUGCAGAACAGCGCCCUCGACAUCUGGAUCUCUGGCGCCGUCGCCGUCGUAACAGUCGACUUCCUCGUCUAUCCCUUCGACACACUAAAGACCCGCAUCCAGUCGCCCAACUACUCCACAAUCUACAAGGACGCAGCAACAAACACAAUCAAGAAGAAUGUGCUCUUCCGCGGACUAUACCAGGGCGUUGUCAGCGUUGUGCUGAGUACCAUUCCUGCCUCAGGAGCAUUCUUCACAACCUACGAAACCGCCAAAUCAACCCUCACCACCGCGCAACAAGCCUCCACCUCCCCGCUCCUCACAUCCAUCCCCGCCCCCGCGAUAAACGCGCUCUCCUCAUCCGCUGGCGAAAUGGUCUCGUGCCUCCUCCUCACACCCGCAGAAGUAAUCAAGCAGAAUGCGCAGGUCAUCAACAACGCCAACGCCCCGUCCUCAAGGACACAAAAACAAGGCGGAGCCGGAAGCGGAAGCGGAAGCCGGGGCGUAACGCUCCAAGUCCUCUCGCGCUUCAAGCAGCACCCCUGGAAGCUGUGGAGCGGGUACUCGGCGCUCGUGGGGCGAAAUCUGCCGUUCACAGGGAUCAACUUUCCGAUUUUCGAGGCUGUCAAGGGGUGGCUUGUUGCGCGGCGGCAUCGGCAGCAGGGGUAUACUGGUGUGAAUGCUAGAAGAGAAACUGGACCCGGGGGCCAAGAGCCUGUCUAUGAGCGCGCUGUACUCACGGGCAUGGCGGCGAGCGUUUCCGGGAGCAUUGCGUCGGUUAUCACGACGCCGAUUGAUGUUGUCAAGACGCGGAUGAUGCUUGCUGCCAGUGAGGGUGAUUCUUCUGCGUCUGGUGGGAAGGAGGUAUCGAAGGAGCAGGGGAGUGUUUGGACUGUGGGCAAGAAGAUUUUCAGGGAUGAAGGGGUUAAGGGUCUUUUUCGGGGCGGAGCAAUUCGGGUCGUUUGGACGGCGGUCUCGCUCAGUAUUUAUUUGAGUAUGUAUGAGGGAGGGAGGUUUUACUUGGAGAAGAGGAGGAAGAGGAAGGCCGACGAGAGUAGCUAG